UAUAGAAUUGCAAUUAAGUGAUUCUAUGAUUGAAAAAAAUAUUCAUACUUUUAUGACGUCUGCGUGGCCGGAUGGAGGAGUUCCGCUGAAGAGACAAUAAUCAAUUCCCGUCCCUGUAUAUAUUAUGCACAUCGUGUGUAUCACGUUCACAUUUAAUGUGUAUGUUCACCCAGCCAUUUCAUAUUUGAAAUGUUAUCAAGACUGAAACUUGUCUUGCUAAUAUUUUGCAUCCUGGUUGUAUAAUCCCAAUUGUGAUAAAUGUGCAAGUGAGAGUCAAAGUAUAAUCUUGAUAGAUAGUUUUCAGUUCUGCAGCAAAACAGCGAAAAAAAAGUUCAAAGCAAAACGGCAACAAUCCUUCAAAAAUUCAUAUUGCAUCUACCUUUGGGAAAAGAAGAACGCAACGAUUGCACAUUGUCAAAUGCUGUGGAAAAUCUUCUUGCUACAAUGGAUCAAAUGCAAAAAACACCGAGUCUUCAUUUUUCUAGAGUUCAAGAAACCAGCGGGAUACAAAUAAACCAUCUCAUUUAAUUAAAAUGUCACAUUUAAUUAAAUGAUAACAUAAAUCCCAUUAAACUAACAAAACAUCUUAUUUUUUACAAUAUGGAGUUUAUUUCUUUUCGUCUAACGGCUUGUUUCACAUUGACUGAAAUUUCUAAUUUAUUUUUUUAUAAAAUCAAGCAAAAAGAUAGCCAUUUCCAUUAAUAACAAUCUAACUAACCGUGAGCAAUAGUAACGCAGCCAUUACAGAAAAUUAAAACAGUUUGGAACAGAUUAAAUUUCCUCGUGUUUAAAAAGAGCAAAUUUUCUUUUAAUGCUAUUUUAAUCUAGCUAUAAAUUUAUUUAGCAACAACUUGCGACCAAAAACACAACAACCGCAGAAUCAAUGAGUGAAUACAAUUUGUGGAAUAAUACCAACCAAAAUUUAUCAAGGAUUUUCCCCAUGAAAAAAGGUAAACCAAACGAUGAAAUUUCGAGUGAAAGCGCCGAGCCAUCCUCGGAAGGAGCAACUCAACCAGGAGAGUCUACAUUGGCGGAGGCGACAGAACAAGUGUCCACAGAUCCUCCGGCAGAAACUUUGCAGACGACCCAAAUGCCUUCUGAAUCUACACCCGCUCUUACAGAAAUACCAUCAAGCAAUUCGCCUCCCAAUAAUGACGCGAGCCAAACUUCUACAAGCGGAGCGACGUCACCUUUGUCGGAAUUAGUGACGACAACGAUCUCAACGACAGUAACUGAGAUUACAACAACCAUAGUUUCCUCAACUACGACAGCCACAAUUCCCACAAAUCCUGAGGUUGUGUACGAGUGUAGCAGUGUCUGCAAGAAAAAUGUCUCUCUAUAUCAGAGUGGAAGGUUAAUUGAUGCGGAAAACUAUGGUUAUUGGGUUGAAUCAUGCGGCUCGCUAUUUCUUUGGGGAAAUACUGUGGUGAACUGGCAAGAAAAUUUUGAUCGCUGUUGCAGUAUUGGAAUGACGCCAAUCAUGAUUGAAAAUGACACAAAACGACAGUGUCUGAUUAAUUUGGCAAAACCCCCACUUUGGAAAUACAACGCGCACUACUGGACAUCCGGCCAAAGAAUUAGUGCAAACGCCACUUUCCAGUGGUGUCUCUCAAACUCCACUUUCAGCAACGUUUCAAAUAUUUGGCAGUCUGGACAGCCGGACAACACAAACAAUUCCGAAAACUGCGUACAUCUGAACAUUGACAAAACUAAAGGCAGCGUUGCAACCACGGACAAAAAUUGUUCAAAUUUAUAUGUUUUUGGGUGUCAAGGUCCAACAACGCCAGCCCCUCCAUGCUUUAAACCACAGUGUACCAAUUUUACGUGUGCUAAAGAACCAUCCUACUUCACCACCUUGCCUGAUGGAAUAACGCAGUACCUGACGAGCCCUUCAACUUACGGGUUUUGGUACACAAUAAAUGGAAGAACGUACUUGUUCAGCACAGAGCAAAAAACAUGGAUUGAGGCUCAAAAAGCGUGUUGCUCCGUCGGAAUGAAAUUACUCAGCAUUGAGUACCAAUAUGAAUACGCCAACUUAAUUGCAGCCGCCAAAAAUUCGACCAAGGCUGAGGGAAUUUUUUGGACUUCUGGCUCUGACCUUGAGUGCGAAUGUAAAUUUGGAUGGUGCGCCGUAAACCAACUGGUUCGCGACCAAGAAGCCAAAUGGAAAAGUGGCGAGCCCAACAAUUUUGCAAACAGCCAGCAUUGCAUUUACUUGGAGUUGACAAAAACGAGCGCACUGCUUUUGGACGCCGAUUGUCCUUGGAGCCAAAAGUAUAUUUGUGAGGCGAGGGACACGACGAAAACCUCUUCAAACUCGGAGGCUAUGCUUGACGAAUGUGGCGCGGCUUUCAAUGUUACAAGAGAUGAGGCUAUGUUAAUUUUUAAUUCAACGCAGUUUUCACUAAAAAUUAAAUGUUUCUUGAAAUGCAUGGGAGAGAAUGGAGGAUUUAUGCUGAAUGGAAAGCUCGUUGACGCAAAGAUAUUAGAGAUGGCUGAAAGUUUGGCGGCAAGCUCAACUAGUUUGCAACAAAAUAUGGCCGCAGUUUCAAGCUGCAGAUCAAAGAAGGGAAUGGACGAGUGCGAUACAGCUUCUCUUGUGUACCAAUGUGGGCAGGAAAAAGCGCCAGAUCUGGUAGCCAACAUCAUAAAUACAGUCGAAGUUAACUCAUCUGCGGAAUCUGUGCCUCUACCAAGUUUGGUGCACAAAUGCCUCACAGAUUUUAACUGUGCAAUGGACCCCAUUUUGCGAGCUGACUAUGAAAACAAUAAACCAAGUCAAAACGGACAGAUUUUUACUGCGUGUGGAAUCAAAUAUUUGCAUCAAAGUAUUAUGCAAUCCUAUCAGUCAGCAUCAUCCUUCUGCUGCAAAUAUGGCCUGAAAAUGGCCUAUUUUGAAAACAGCACAAACGUCAACUGCAUUGUCAGUGCUCCCUUGAGUUCAGCUGGUCGCACUCAACAUGCUUGGUUAGCUGCUAGCAGACUGGGCUCGGGGAAAUUUGGUUGGUGCACAUCGAGCCUGCCUUUCACUGCAAUGAAUGGCUCAAUCAUCGAUGCAUACCCUGAUAGAAAUACUUCCGAAUGGUUUUUAUUGUCAGUACGGAUUGGCGCUGAUCUGCAGCCUCAAAACACACAUUUUGCUCAGGAACAACUGUCAAGCAAUUGUUUUGCGCUGUGCAGGCCUUGAUUGGUUCUGACUUUACAAAGAUGUCAAUAAAUUGGCUACGUUAAUCA